GUCGCAUGGGCUGUUGUCAUAGCAACGAAGUUUAAAAACAUAGGCGGACUAACGCCGCCCAAGAAGCCUUCAGCUUCACAAAUGCGACAAAAAGCGCUAAAAUGCACUGUCAAGGUGGAUAUCCAAUCUAUAACUUGUCCAGGGGUGGUGUUACCAUCCCAAGAAGACAUUUAUGUGAGUGUUCGGAUAAUGGGCCAGUAUCAGAAGUCCAAGUGUGUUCCUCCAGUUUUCCCUCUGCUGCUGCAUGAAAAAAUGGUGUUUGUGAAGACCUUUGUGGGAGCAGUUGACCUGGGUGCUGUAGCUGAGCAUCUGGAAAAUGAUACAACAUCUUUAGAGCUCAUUCAGCUCAUUCCUCCAGAGGGUGAGAUCCUGGCCACGUUUGAAGAAGACACCCGGGAGUUUCUGUAUCCAGGCCCUCGUUUGACUCCCAGAAGCCCCGGCCCAGAGAGAGAGAUUCUGAUGAAGAGAUCCAUCUCCUUGCCCGGAAUCUCUCCCAAAGUGGAGUUUUCAACGACGUCUAUUAUUGAGGAGUGUGAUGUGAAACAUGGUCAGCCUGCCAUGUCUUCAUGUGGUCGUUCCUCAACUAAGCCCUGUCCUGUGAGAACUUCCCCUGCAAACUCAAAGAAGAAGAAGAAGCCAGAUACAGCGCCAUCCUGUGGAUACGAAAAGCCAACGGUGGCAUCCCAAAGCCGUGCUCCUUCACCCUACACCCACCGCAAGAUGUGUCAGCUGUCUGAGGAGGCCAGACAACGACUCAGCCACCUCAAACUUGGGCCCUACACAUUUAAAAAAGAGACGGUCCCUCAGGCUCCGUUCGUGGUGCCCCGAAGCCCAAACACGUCGCUGAUGGAAACCUCCAUGUGUCUUACAUCUCAGUCUUCUCCUAAAAGAAGCCCCCUACGUCUGCAAUCACGGAGCUACUCCACAGACCACACAGAUCCCUCUCUCCUCGGAAGUUUCAGAUCAAAGCCCUCACAUGCAUCCAUGCAAGCAGCCAGAAGUUCCCCCAAAGAUCACUCCAGCCCUGUGUCCAGCACGUUCAGAGAUCAGAGUCCAGUCCUGACCCGCUCUUCCCUGAGAGAACGUUUCCAGAGUUCAUCCAGUCCCUCACAGUCGGAGGAGAUCCACAAACGAGUGCAGAGAAUCCUGAACAUCCACGGAGCCCGCUGCAAGCUUUCUUUUGAUGAAGAGAGUGAGGAGGAGGAGGGGGUCAGACAGAGUUCACAUGUUUCCACCCACCGUGACUCAGUGAUUGACAACCGGCUACCGCAGGACAGGCUUAUUCCUGGAGAACCAUCUGUUCAUUUAGACAAUGGAACAUUCUGGACUAACAGAGCGGGUGCGUACACAGGAAAGCCCCACAGAGCUGUGUUUGAGGACAGUUUGAGCAAAAUCUACAAGAACCUUUACAGCAACGCAUCACAGACAGGACACAGUGGACAAAGCACCUGGACACAGUGAUCAUAGAUACAUUCAAUCAGUCAUUUAAUGUAUUUGCAUAUGUCUGGUAAAUCAAAUCAGGAAACCAGUAUGGGUAGUGGGAGUUUGACAAGAUGUUAUUUACUUUUUUUUUUAACUUCCAUAAUGAUAGCAGCAGUAGUAAAAAAAAAAAAAA